CCGAGCGCAGUCUAAGAGACGCUGGAACUUCCGAGGGGAGAGUGAAGGCAGCAUUAAUCCUAGCACCUUUUCAUCACAGAGGUGCUGCAUUUGAGAGCCGCCGCCGCUGGGCUGGCACUGGCGUCCCUGAGCUCCGAGCGGAGGAUAACUCCCGGUUUUUUUGGUGUUUCACUUCGAGAAGAGACUUUCUAUUCAUCCCCACACAUUUUUUUUCUCCAUGGAGCACGGUCCAGCUCUAAACAUGAACAGUUUGAGUGCGUGCAAGGAGCCAUUCGGCAGAAUCAACUCUGAGCCCGUGGAGGACACGGACACCACCAGCUUCGUGGCCGAAUUUUCUUUGGAGGCCAAUUAUCCAGUGCAAGUGACAGAUCCUCAUGCAGGCGCUGUGACACUCCACCUGAGCUCCAUGCCCUCCAGAUACCUGAGCCCCUCCUCAGACAGAAUCAGACAGCCAGUUGAAGACGUGGAAGAAUGCACCUGCCCGACAUCUAAUUCACCAGACUACCCGAAAGAGCUGCAGUUGCUGAACAGCCCGUGUGAAAAGUGCUGCUGUCCGGCGCCUCCUCCGAAGAUCAGCGACCUCAUGAACGACAAAGACCUGCUGGACUUACUGCGGCUCAAGCUGGAUCCAAACCACUGCACCAUCAAAAACUGGAAGAACUUUGCGAGCCGCUGGGGGAUGAGCUAUGACGAACUGACCCUGCUGGAGCAUCGAACCCAGGGCUCCUUAUCCCACAGCCCCACCCAAGAGUUCUUGCUGCGCUACAAUCAGAAGACGGUCACUGAGCUCACUGAACUUUGCCGCAUCUAUCAGCGCAUUGACGUGCUGCGGCUGCUGCAGAGCUGGAUAGAGAAGGACUGGCCGUCACGCUGGCAACAGACUCAUUAACCAGCUUGACUGUGUAUUUAACCAUUGCUCUCUUUUUCUGUCAGGGUGGUUUCGGGUUUCUUCUUCUUCCUAAGUUUGGAUACAUGCUACCCCGUUAAUAGUAACUUUCGUAAAUAGUCUUGUGAAAAAAGGUAAAUGAUAAACUGGAGACUCACACAGCACUGACCUUGCACUGAAUGCUGUUUUGUCUUUUACCUUUCUCUGGCUGUAGUUGAAACAAAGGAAAGUAACACAGCCACUGAUACAAUUCUCAGUUGGGAAUUCGCACAUUUUUGAGGAGCUUGUAUGACCUGACUACAGCUGGCCCAAAUAGCAAUUUCUGGGCUUCGGAUAUUCGGCCCCGAUUAAUGACGAAUAUUCGGAUCUCAAAACGCAUCUAAAAAAAGGUAAAUAUUCGGAUACCACUGGAACGACCAAAUAUUGGGAUAUUCAGGUCCAGCCCUACACCUGACAGCAUCACAGGUAUUAGUUAGCUUAGUGCGUAUUUCAGCAGCUACUCUGAACAAAAAUAAAAACAUAGCAUGCAAAUAGUAUUCUUUUCUGACUAGAGAAAAAGUUCAAAUCUCAUUCCUGUGGUUCUGAUUAGAAAAGAGUUGCAUUUCGCCAACCUUUUUUAACUGUUCAACUGGUGAUAAACUGUCAGCUGCUGAGUUAAUCCAGGUGGUGAUCAGAUAGUGUGACCAGUACAGACUCUUCUUUUACCAUUGACUGUCAAAGCCCUGCACAGAAUGCGGCUUUACUCAGUGUUAACCCUCCUGUUAUCCUCAUUUACAGGCACAAAAAGAUAUGAAUAUCUGAAAAUAAUCCCAAAAAGUCAGCAAAAAAGUUCCCCAAAUUUCUCAUAAAUUCCAAUAAUUCCUUAAAAGUAUCCCUUAAAAGUUUUAUUUAAAAAAAAAAAAUCCCCAAAAUUUGGCAAGUAAAGUCUUGUAAAUAUUUUCAAAAAAUAAGUAAAAAUCUUCAAAAAAAUCCAAAAAAUACCUAAAGUGAUUACAUAUAUCUCAGCAAAAUUUCUAAUAUUUACUUUAAGAACAUUCGCAUAAAAAUCCAGCAAAUUUCGCAGGAUUUUGGUUGAUUUUUUUUUUGUGUGUGAAUGUUCUCAAGAAACAUCUUUAACAUUUCUUUUGUUGCACCAAACAGUUUUCAAAAAAUUCCUAAAAAAUGUUGAAAAUGUGAACAUCAGAAGUUUCACUGUGAAAUUUUUAAAAUUUUUUUCCCCCACAUUUUCAAACUUUAAAACGGGUCAAUUUUGACCCACAGGACAACACGAGGCUUAAGAUGGCCAGAGAAAGAUGAGAACGGGAUGUUGGCUGCCGGAUGCUGUAGACUAAUGGCCACACAACUCCAGCAUUUUCAUGUAAGAAAUGGUUUCCGACAGCUCUGCGUGGACGUGUCUGACAAUCUUGUCCCCGAAAAUGGCCAACAACUCCACCAGGCCCUUCAGGAAGAGUGGGACAACAUUUCACGAGCAGCAUUGAUAACCUCAUUAACUCUGUGCAACAGAUGUGUGGCUCAUUACUGAUUGUGACUUCUGCUCUGUGCGCUAUCUCUGUCAUUUCCUAUGUGGGGCACACUGGGUUGUUUCUCACGCCCAUCCUGUCGAAGCAAUGUCAUGUGUUUGAAAGAGCAAGUAAUUACUCUUGUGGUAAAAACAAAGAACAGAAUUUAAAUAUUCCAUGCUGUAUUUAUAUUUAUAGCUGAAGUAGUAGUUUCUAUGGGGUGGAUAAGUUUAAUUUUUUUUCCUCAUAGUUAUUUCAUUUUUCUUUGCUUUCUUGACAGUUACAAAACCGGCUGAUUUCCACUCUCUCGACUCAGAUUUGUCAGCGUGGGUUAAAACAUGUUUUUUUUAUUUCACCCAAAUGUCUAACACUGAGUGAUGUAGAAUAUAUUGAUAGUGUGAUUAAGAAUAAUUUGCUUGGUCUCUGUCAUGGAAAAGUGUGUACAGGUGUAACUGACCAAAUGUGUACUGGAUGAAGAAAUGUUGCUUUCUGUUAAGGUAUUAUAAUGUUGUGGACACAUCAUUAAAAAUGCAGAAAAUCACUGACCUGUGCAGGAGAACUGAUCUGAUUGGUGGUCCUGACCAAAUAUCAGUUAAUGGAAAAAUCUCUCACGUUCUUUAAACUCUUCACACUGUUGCAGGUGCAGCCGUGUUAUCAGAUAUUGGAAUAAUUUACAUAAAUCAGUCUGGUUGAAAAUCAGAGCACCGUCUUCACUGUUCAUUAUAUUCCAAAGCUGGUUAGGUAUUUGCUAAAAUACAGCUAUAAAGUGACAAAAUUCUCACCACGCUCUGACGAUCAUUCCCAUCCUUGGAAAUUUUCUACACAUUUGUACAUGGUGAUUUACUCCACUGACUUUUUGAUCCCUUGAUUUUUUUUCUUCCACCGAUUAGUAUAAAUUUUCACAUUCAUGCUUCUCAGACAGUGUAUCCAAAUUAAUGUGAUGAUCCCCUGCCUUUUCCUCUUGCAUCACCAUAAAGUUUUGAGUGAACUAUAUUAACAAAAGUUUGGAUAGAUAUUGAUGUUAUUGGUGAAUUGUAUUAAACUUGAUGGUCCUAA